AUGGGGAGCUGGUGGAGCCACUGGCCCAAGUGUGCGAAGAAAGAUGACGACAUAGAAGAAGGAGACCUUCCAGAGCACAAGCGACCCCCUGCACCUGUCGACUUCUCAAAGCUAGACCCAGGCAAGCCAGAGAGCAUCUUGAAAAUGACAAAAAAAGGGAAGACACUGAUGAUGUUUGUCACUGUGUCCGGGAACCCCACUGAGAAGGAGACGGAGGAAAUCACCAGCCUGUGGCAGGGCAGUCUGUUCAAUGCCAACUAUGAUGUUCAGAGUUUCAUCGUGGGAUCAGACCGUGCUAUCUUCAUGCUCCGGGAUGGGAGCUAUGCCUGGGAAAUCAAGGACUUUUUGGUUGGCCAAGACAGGUGUGCUGAUGUCACUCUAGAGGGACAGGUGUACCCUGGCAAAGGAGGAGGAAGCAAGGAGAAAAAUAAAACAAAGCCAGAGAAGGGUAAAAAGAAGGAGGGAGAUGCCAAGCCACGGGCUUCCAAGGAAGAUAAUCGAGCUGGGAGUAGGAAAGAAGAUCUCUAGUGGGUGGCAAGCUUCCCAGCAUUCCAGAGGACAUUCUCGCGUC